ACGAAGUGAGCAGUGUCCAAUCCUCACUCAUACUGAGCCCCUCACAGCCCAGUAGAUAGAUACCUCUAUGUGAUUGAAUUGGUUCAUCUGGGACGUAAUGACACCACAAUGCCACUAAAAUAGCCUCAUCGGACGCCAUACAUCCAAUUUGACCUUAAAGUUGUCCUGCUUGCUCUACCUGGAAUUUACACGCCUCCCUCGUGUUAUGGGAGCGAGACGGACACGGGGGGCUCUGGAGCGUCCACGGAGGGCUGUCAACGUCAAUGUCCGGGAGAAACAAACCCUCCGUAGCGGCUCUCUGACGAGCUAAUUGUGGAUGUCUUAGGCCAGGGUCAACCUAAAUUUGAACCAUGCCUGGAAAACUAAAAGCCAAAAUCGUGGCUGGCCGCCACUUGCCUGUCAUGGACAGAGCCAGUGAGCUUACGGAUGCCUUUGUAGAGGUCAAGUUUGGAAACAUAACAUUCAAAACAGAUGUCUGCCCCAAAUCCCUCAAUCCGCAGUGGAACUCGGAAUGGUUCAAAUUUGAGGUUGAUGAUACGGAGUUGCAGGAUGAGCCGCUGCAGAUCACAGUGUUGGACCACGACACAUACAGUGCAAACGACGCCAUCGGAAAGGUUUACAUUGACAUUGACCCGCUGCUGUGCAGUGAGGCCGCUUCUGUCAUCUCAGGCUGGUUUCCUAUCUACGACACCAUCCACGGUAUCCGUGGGGAGAUUAAUGUCCUGAUCAAAGUGGAGCUCUUCAAUGACUUGAACCGCUUCAGACAAUCCUCCUGUGGAGUCAAGUUCUUCUGCACCACCUCUAUACCGCGUUAUUACCGGGCAGUGAUGGUCCAUGGCUUUGUGGAAGAGCUUGUGGUGAACGAAGACCCCGAAUAUCAGUGGAUUGACCGCAUUAGAACACCUCGAGCGUCUAACGAAGCUCGUCAGAGACUCAUUUCACUCAUGUCCGGGGAACUGCAGAGGAAGAUAGGUCUCAAAGUGCUCGAGAUGGGCGGGAAUGCAGUGGUGGGCUAUUUGCAGUGUUUUGACCUGGAGGGUGAGUCGGGCCUGGUGGUACGGGCCAUAGGUACCGCUUGCACUCUGGAAAAAGUCUCCGCUGGAGGUGCGCCCACCACUGCCACCGCCAUCACACACACGCACCCAAGCACAGCUCCCACCUCCAAUGCCUGUAAUUCCCCUUCUAAGGACGGAAAGGAGCCGGUUUUUGGUGAGGAUCUCCCCUCGUCUUCCGGCCCGCCCACCCCUUUCAGAGCUCUUCCCACCUCCCCUUUCUCUCCUUCCCCUUUCUGUCCUCCCCAAGCCAGUCGCCAGUCCUCAUCAUCAGACACAGACCUCAGUUUGACGCCCAAGACGGAGGAGCCCCUGCCCAUGAGGCUCAGGCCAGGCAUUUUCCUCUGCCCCAGCUCCCCUGUCCUCUCCACGUCUUUCUCUAGCUCAGCGUGCGGGGGUGCUUCAGGGUCCUCCCCGAGAAACACCAUCCUGCCCCCUCCCUCGUCCACCCACUCUGACUCUGCCUUGCUGAGAAAGAGUGUGUCCUUCACGGAGGACUUUCUGCUGGCGGCCUCUGGAAUGGGCAGCGGGGGCAGUGCCGGCAAAGAGGCGGGACCCCUAAAGACGCUGCUCAGACAGCAGACGCAGACGGCUCUGGAGCAGAGGGGAGCGUCCUGCUCUGGGUUGUAUUUAAACGCCAGGGAGUUCCCGUUCUUCACAUUGACAUCUUUCCCAACGGCCUUUCUGGUUCACGUUGGUGGAGUCGUUAGCGCUCGCUCGGUCAAACUGCUGGAUCGCAUACACAACCCUGCCUUGGGUAACACGCGCUCAUACAAACUGCUAGACUGGAAUAGUGUCACGGCAGAUGAGCCAGAGACCCGCGAUGCCUGGUGGGAGGAGAUUCGGCAGGAAAUAAAGUCUCAUGCCAAAGCUCUUGGUUGCCAUGCCGUCGUGGGAUACAGUGAGAGCACCAGUAUUUGUGAGGAGGUGUGCAUCCUGUCAGCAUCUGGUACCGCAGCCAUCUUAAAUCCUCGCUACAUGCGCGAAGGCUGUUUAGAUGCUUCAAGCGCGGAGCACAGGUUUGAUGAGUCAUCUCCCUCGGGUUGCAGCUUCUGCCACAUACCAUACGAUGAGUUCAACAUGCCUUUUCCUGCCCAGCUCACCUACUGCUACAUCUGCAGACGACAAAAGGUCCCCGAUGUUUUAUUCACAACUAUAGACCUUCCAUCAGAAGCAGCCAUCACGGGGAAAGGUUGUCUCAUUCAAGCAAGACUAUGCCGUUUGAAGAAGCGAGCCCAAGGGGAGGUGAACGCAACAGCCAUCUCCAACCUUCUUCCUUUUAUGGAAUAUGAACUUCACACACAGUUGAUGAACAAGCUGAAGCUGCACAGCAUGAACGCUCUGUUUGGGCUUCACAUACAGAUCAGCGUUGGCGAGAACAUGUUGCUGGGUCUGGCUUCUGCCACAGGAGUAUACCUGACCGCCCUUCCUGCACCCGGAGGAAUCCAGAUCGCAGGGAAGACUCCGGUUGACCUGAGCAACGAGCAACACAUGUUGACCAUACAAAAGAGGAUCAACGACACGAUCGCCAAGAACAAAGAGCUAUAUCAGAUUACCCCACCGGAUCUCACAGAAGAAAUAGUGGGAUCUCCCAUCCCAGAGCCCAGACAAAGAACCAGGCUUUUCCGGUCCCACUCAGAAAGUUCCGAUGAGCUAUCAGAAUUGGACCUCUCUCACGGCAAAAAGGAUGCUUUUGUUCUGGAGAUUGAUGACACCGAUGCUGUGGAAGAUAUUCAUUCCCUACUCACUGAUGCCUCACCUCCAAUGGGGUUCCACAGCUGCAACACUGAGAUCAUGCCUGGGAUUUACAACUGGACAUCGGGAAUACAGAUGUUUACAUCAGUCAGGGUGUUAAGGUUGAGUAAUGCCAAUCUCACGAAUCAAGGCUUGAAUAAGAUCUUCACUGACAUGUGUGAGAACCUGCUGAAGAGUUUAUACUUUAAGUUGCGCUCGAUGAUCCCCUGCUGUAUUUGUCAUCUCAACUUCACCGUAGCAGUACCAGAAGAAGAACUCAUACAGGUUGCAGUGACAGCGGUUGCAAUGACCUUCGACAAAGACCAAGCCCAGGAAAAGCCAGUGGAAAAGCCUGUUGCCAAAGGGUGCAGUGAGACUGAAGAGCAGCUGCAGUUCCCCUUGGAGCUCUGUGCUGACUCCCCAUCCACCAACGCUCAGCUGCCAUCCAAAACCUCAGGUACAGUCUCAUUACUCACGCCUGCUGCAAAACUCUGCCAAAAUCAGCUGGUUAUUGUGCACCCGGAAGGUGUCCCAGCAAGUACCGCUGUGUCGUCCAGAGCUGCCUCCGUUGAUUACGGUUCCUUUGCAGACAGAUGCAGCACCUGGCUAGAGCUGCUUAGGCUGAAAGCUCACACCAUAAGACGAGGAUCAGUUAAGACAAUCUCAUCUUUGGAGCGCUCCAGCCCCUUGACCGAAAGCCGCUUCCGCUCACUGCGCUCGAACCGCUGCUCAUUCGGAGGAAGCUCAGUCACAGUUGUGAAGAUGACACCGCUUUCCUUUCUCCCUGGCACACGUGUGGUAAAAUAUUUGGGCAUCAUCAACAUGUUUUUCAUUCGAGAGACCACUUCUUUACGAGAGGAAGGUGGCGUGAGCGGCUUCCUCCAUUCAUUCAUAGCAGAGGUGUUUGCCAUGGUUCGUGCCCACGUCGCAGCUCUCGGAGGGAAUGCUGUGGUAUCAUACAGUAUGAAGGAGUGUGUAUUAAUGGAAAAUCCCAAUAAGAACCAGGCUCAGUGUCUCAUCAAUGUGAGUGGCGAUGCUGUCAUCUGUGUGAGGGAUUCGGAUCAGGAGCCUGCGUCCUCAGCUGCAAACCUUAUACAAGCGGGCACAGGCGGAAUAGAAGGCACUACAUGACACCAGCCCUCACACGAAAACACAGUCUAGCCGUCCAAAUGGGAGCAAACUACAUCUGCCUUAACGUUGUCAAAUAUCCCAAAGUCCAGAAGCAGGUCAUAAUAAGCAACGCAUACGCACAAAAGGAAGAUACAAAUGCUGAUAUUAAUUUUUAUCAUGUGAGUUUUUCCACGACGAUUGCUUGAAACAACAGCCAAAGAAACGCCUGAUGUUGACCUGCUUGAACUGCUGUUCCUCUCAAGUGUCAAACUACUGCACUCAUGCAUCAUUCAUGUGUUGAUACCAGCUAUUACUACUUUAUUAAUCCAUUCAUCUUAAGCGGGAUACACUCGCACCAACUUUAAACACCUGAUUUUGAAAAAGUGAAAGACAUUACAAGGAAAUGUCAGUUUUCCUCGGUGUUUUCACUCUCAGAAUAUGCAGUACAGAAUAACCGCUCAGGAAAAGUUCUUUGAGACAGGUGGUACUACGACCUUUGAUUUUGUGAAAGAAAAAAACAAAAGGUAAAAUUUAACCAAAUCUAACCCAACUGUUAGCAUCCAUGUACCGUGCUUCAGUCACUGGCCCAAACGACUACAAUAUGUCUAAUAUUCCCCUUCAGUGUCGUUAACUGCAGACAUUUCAAAGGGGAUAUUAUAAAGCGACAGUCAUCAGCGUAAACAAAUUUGCCAAGUCCAUUUUGUAUUGUCUUCAUUAAAGCAGGAAUAGCACAGCAUUAUUUGAAGUAUCACCAACUAUUUCUUGAGUGUCAAACAACCAGGCCAUAGCCACGUUCCGUCCUAUUUGCUGUGCUUUAUUUGUUUCACAGUUUUGGUUUCAACACAAAUGGGGAAAAAUAUUAAAAGUAACAAUGGCUUCUUUAAGGUCGAAUUCUUUGCUCAUUUUGCAUCGCCGCCAUUUUGGUGUUUAGUUGGAGUCCUAAUCCUGCUACUGAUUUUGGUCUAUGUGUUGUUGAUUCAUGAUGUUCAAGACUGGAAAUAAUUGUUUUUUUUUUAUUUUUAUUUUUUUUAUUAUUACUAUGGGCUGUAAAUAUGCUUUCUGGUCGUUUUUUCUUGUAAGUGCAAUAAAUGCUUGUCUGAAAUUGGUGGUACUAUAAAUCAGCUCGUUGUCAACUUGUCACAGGCAGGUUGUAAACCAUUUCCUGUGUUUGUGUUAAAACUUUAAUAUGCUAGAAGCAUGCAGACCAAAUUUUUACGCCAUGAAGUUGCUUGCUUGCCUGGUUAAAACUUGCACAAUAAAGUUAGUAGAACCUAAACAUGUCUUUGCUGUCAUCUAUAAUAAUGAUAAUAGGGAAGGGGAAAUGCUUUAUAUGUCAGAAUUCUAGUGCAAUUUAGUUUCUUUGGGUUGUUGGGAUUUGGACAAAAAAAUAGAAGUCAUCUUUUUCACCAAGUUUUAAUUCUACAAGGGUGACGGAGCCAUUAAUGGCUGUUCUCAUUUCAUAAAAUAUUGCAAAUAGAAAUUAAUAGGACAAAAUGUGAAAUAUUUUUGGGUUCAUUGACAUAAUGAUUGAGCCCAUUGAUUUUUGCGAUCCGCAUGAGGACCGUUUAAAGUGGA